CGCCAUCAUGGUCAACUGGACAUAUGACGAAACACAAAGCUUGUCCCUGCACUCGCAAUUGGGAAGGCUUUUUCUGACGCAUGAAGCUCUCGUCUUGGCCACUCUCCAAUAUCAGAUGCAAGAUUGUGGUGAAGCAGAGCACUCAGGUCCGACAGUAUCGCUUGCGCGUGCAGAAGAGCGCCGCAAACUCCUUUUUUGGCACGUGUAUGGCCUCGAUGCUUUCCAUAGCUUGGACCAGAAGACUAUGUCACGAAUUCCAGACGGCAAAAACAGCGAAGUCUCAUCAAAGUUGCCCCGGAUUGACUCUGGGAGCUAUCUCGAUGCUGUUCUUAGUCUGGCCAUUGUUGCGAGGGAGAUUUUGCAAGCUUUGGUGACGGUCAGCACAAAACGAAAUGGCGUUAAAUGUACCGACUUGAUGAAUAUCUAUGACAAGCUCAUUCAUUGGCAGAAACACGUCUGUCCUUCUCAUCUUCGCAGAAAGAGGGAUGCUGAUGGCAGACUGGUACCAUUGACCAUAAACGAGUCAAGUAAGACUAAGUUUCUUCAACCAUUGCACUGCUCUAUCCUUUGGCUUCUGGAAAUCAACUGUUACAUGCAGAUUGAAGAUUGCCUCUCGCAGUAUGGCGUGCAAAAUGGAGCUCCUUUGGAGGGCGAGAUGAUGGCUCUCCGAGUGGAAUUCGAGGCCCUUCGUGCCGUGCAUGACGGAGUGGAGAUAUCUCGAUGGAUGAGGCAAUAUUCAGCUUCAACGACGCGUGGUGGCAUCACACUGAGCCAUUCUCUAAUCGAUCUUGCACCAUCAAUUGCACGCGACAUUUGUGCCGGCUUAUGCUAUUGGACAUGUGAGCGUGGCAAGAGAGUGUUCCGUCAUGGUUCCUCAGGUCUCACCAAUAUUCGCCCCAGAAAUCGGCAACAAGAAGGAAAAAGCGAAAAAGACCAAAGGAAGCAAGAUGUCAACGACUACAGAGAAGGUGCCAAGGAAUUUCGCAGUGCCGUGGCAACGGCAACAUCACACAGAGAUACAAAAUAUGUUCUGGAGCGGCUGGACAAGCAGAUUGCCUCGUUUGAGCAAGCCGUGGCACAGUAGUUCUCGGAUCGGACCUGGGAGGUGCCGACGAGAUGCUUGAAAUCCAGCCUUUGCAGAAAACAACAGCAAGGAUAUCGCCGUUCCACAGCAGACAGCCUUGGAGAAUUUUGGCCCGCAGGAUUUAAUCCUAGGUGUUCAAUGAAAGACCAGCAUUGAUACAUGUGCAUCAGACAUGACGUAGAGUUAGCUGUCUAACUGAGUCAAUGACAACAGAGGCCAGCGACCGGCCGACAUGAUGAGGUCAGUCGCAUAAUGGGCUACGAUUCAUGAGGCCAAACAAAAACAAG